GACACAUCAUGUGAUGAAGAAGGGCGGUGACUUUAGAUGUCUCAGGAAAUCUGUUCCGGAGUGAAGAGCGAGAGAAUAAAAUAACAAAAUACUAAGGUGAUCACCAUGUCGGGAUCAGGGGAUCCAAACUUACUUGCUCAGACCAUUGGCUCAAACAUCCAAAACAUAACACAGCAGACAUCUGAAAUCCAGAGGAUAGUGUCCCAACUCGGGACAGAAAGAGACACGCCAGAUCUCAGGCAGCGACUGCAGCAGAAACAGCAGUAUGCGAGCCAGCUGGCUAAAGAGACCGAUAGGUGCCUGAAGGAGUUCAGCUCGUUACCAGUCAUUCAAGAUCAGCGCCAGAGGAAGAUUCAGCGGGAACGGCUCGUCAGCGAUUUCUCCAACGCGCUAGCGCUUUUUCAGAAAACCCAGAGACAAGCUGCUCAGAAAGAGAAGGAGUUUGUGGCCAGAGUUCGUGCAAGUUCAAGAGUUUCGAGUGGUUUUACUGACGAUCCCUUUGGAGGAAACGCUUCACCCUUUGAGAGCGAGACCCAGGCUCAGACACAAAGCUAUGAGGACGGCAUCACUGAGGAGGAUUUGCAUCUCAUUCAAGAGCGAGAAACGGCAAUCAGACAGCUGGAGUCUGACAUCACAGACAUCAAUGAAAUCUUCAAAGAUCUGGCCGUCAUGGUGCACGAACAAGGAGAUAUGAUCGACAGCAUAGAGGCCAAUGUAGAAAGUGCUGAGGUGAACGUUCAGUCUGCAACACAGCAGCUCGCCAGCGCCGCAAAUUACCAGCAAAAGUCUCGUAAGAAAAUGUGCAUCCUGAUUGUUGUCCUGGCUGUGCUGAUUGUGGUUGUGUCCCUCAUCAUCUGGGCAUCAGUUAAAGGAUAAAACUUUGAAAUUUACCUAAAUCAUCACAGGUGAACAUUGAAGAACCCAUUGGAAGAAAUUUUCUUCCAUUGUCUAGUUUUUUGUUUUGUUAUUCUUCCUGUGACGUAAUGGGUAAUAUAUAUAAAAAAGCUUGAAAAAUUAGCUUAAGAUCUCUUUGUGAUAUCACACACUAUACAGUAACAAAUAUUUCCAGACAACGACUAGUCAUCAUUUGUUUUGAAUUUCCAGAUUUUGAUCAUUUUAACUUAUUCAACAUAAAUAAAUCAUUCCUAUUCUUCUGGAAUGCCAAGUAUUUUUAAAGACAUUUUUAUCUGAUGCUUGCUGUAUGUUUAUAACAAUGAACUAACAUAGAAUGAAAGCUAGCAGGUAGCCUCUGAUCGCAUUACGUAAGGCUGCUUUUUGAAAACUUGCUUUAACAUAUUUAACAUAUUUUAACAACACAAACGCAGUUAAUUAAAUCAUUUCACGGCUCUAAUUUGUUGCUAAAAAAGUGCUAGUGUUUUUUCAGAUUUAACAUAUCCUGCUAGCUUUAAUAUUAACUUUAUACACAUCAUGAUGAGAGAUUAUUUAUAGAUAACACUAUUCAAAUGAUUAAUUAUUAUUAAACAGGUCUUCUCACUAUGAGAUUAUGGCUAGGAUGCUUAAUUAAAAACAAAAUUAAAAUCUUGAUGCUAAUUGCUUACUGUUAGAUCUGAUUGUAUUGGAUUAUACUAAAUAAAUUGAUCCAGUGCUUAUUGCAGACAUCACCAAUAAGUAAAUAUAACUAGUGCUGCUGUUUUGUAAAGUAAGGGCUUCUUUGAAACUUUUAAUUGCUAAUUAAAGUUAAUAAAACCAGAAACUUCUGUUAUUUGUAUAUAAUAAUUACUAGAAAUUUAAUCAGUUAAAGGAAUGUGCAUUUCAAUUUUGUCUCUAAAUGUUCUUAGUUCAAAUUUAACCAGAUUUAAGUAGAAUAGGCUUUGGUCUGCAACAGAGUUUUAUGUUAAACAAGACUGACCAUUUGACGACAUAGCAUUGUAAAAUGUUGUCUCUUGUGUUUGUUACAGGAUUAUGGGUUUCAGUGAGUAGGAAAGUUAGAGUCCACAUUUUGCUCCAGUGAGAAUAAAAUGCUCUUGUCUGAAAUGUGAAAUAUCUUAAUAUGUCACAUGAAAAUUAUUGAUUUAUCUUUUGUAAUGCAGUUAUGUUUAAUAAUUAAAUAACCAUUUGACUGUAUUAUAUUGCCCUUUGCAACACUAUAGUUUGUUAUUGAUUUUAUUAUUAAAUAUUGCCAUACCUCCUUGCAUACGUUCCCCAACACUGCCACAUAGUGAGAGUCUGCAGCCUUUUCAAGUUAGAAAAAUUAACAGGCAUUGGCCGAGUAUUUAAAAAGUAUAAAAUUAGUAUAGUUCAAACAAAAUGAAACACAUAAUUUGAUAAUUUUUGCAUUGUGGCAUUUAUUUUAUUUCUCUUUUUUUUUUUUUUUUAAACUUAAGCUGAACAGUUUUUUUAUUUCUGGUACAGAAGAAAAUUUUACAUUCGUGUGCAUUCCAUUGAGGAAAAUCUAUAUAUGCAGCUUUAUAAGAGGCAAACCUCUUGUGCCAUUUUUAACAGAAUUUUAAACCAAAUCUAUUAUUUAUUAAAUCAAAAGAUGUUACAGAUUUUUGUUAGACAAGUCAUAUACAUUAGUCACUUCUCACUGAGGGUGAUAUUCUAUUGCCAAAAAGUCUGUUCAGUCUUAAUAGAGAUUAAUUCAAUGAUGCUUAUCACAAAAAAAGAGCAUGAGGUGAUAUUAUAUUGUAUAAUAUACAUAUUGUAAACAUUUUUGAUUAACUGUCAUAAUUUCAUACAGAUAAAAAAUGCCAUAGCCUUAAACGUAAUUUCUAAUUACUUUAAUAUUAUUUACAUGUAACACAACGUUGCAAUUUUAAAAUGUUCAUAUUAUUCACUGUUUUAUUCUUGCAUAUUUGCCUUUUUAUGAAAUGCAGUUCAGUGGUUCCAUGAUUUGUACAAUAAAUUGGUUCUAAAUCACAUA